AAGAUUUUGGUCAUACAUUUGGUCAAAUGUGCAUUUAUAAAAUAAAAAUUGGUUUAUUUCUUACAUUCAAAGGAGUAUCACUCGUGGAAGGAAGAGCUAUUUUAUUUUUCCCCGGAAAUGAUAAGAAAUUCUUACCCAAGAGAGCUGGUUUCAUUUUCCCUGGGCAACAUUAUUAUUAUUAUUAUCUUUUUUUUCUUUUUUACCAAACCCUGUCGGUGAAUGGAAUAGAACAAAAGGGGCAAGAUACCUGAAGAGAAGCACUGACCUGCACUUUAAACAGAGGAGGGCAGAACUUAUGGACAGUUAUUACUCUUAUUACAGUGUGAAAUAACCCAAACUGCAGUUACCUGUGGUACCAUGUUUGUUUUAAGACCACCUCCUCUUAAAGACAUCCUGAAUUUAUAAACUCGUAAACCAUUAAAAAUCAUAAAUAUUAUGUUUUUGACACAGGGAGAUUAGACAGGUGAUUCUUGCGUUAAGGUGUCCAAAGAUUUAGAUGAUCUGAAUAUAUGUACAAGUAAUCUUAUGACUGCAAAGAGCAGACUUUUUCAGACUAAUUCAGGCUUUUUUUUUAUUUUUAUGCUGAGCAUAAUGUAAAUGAGAACGGAUGCCCUUUACAUGGUCAACUCUUGCUGUUCAACCUUCUGUUUGUGAGGGAUAACCAAUCAAAUGAGAUUCCAGCUGAAGGGAAAGAAGCCAAUAUGGAUUUUUCAGACAGUGGAUGAACUCAAGUCCAGUGUAACACAAAUAAGGAGUACUUAAAAACCUUCUCUAAUACAGAUGUAAAAGUGAACCUAACGGUUUGUUUAAUAAGGUUUGUUUUUUACAAUUUGAUAUUAUUUAGAACUUGAACAAAAGUCAUGUCAGUGUAGUUUAAAUGGUACCCUAAACAUUUUGUAUUGCUAUUUAGUUUUAUCGUGAGGUGUACUCAUAGGCUUUUCGGGAUUUCUGUUGCUAUAUAUAAGUAAAAGAAGCACACAUAAUUUGUUAAACCUGCUACAGCAAGUUCAUAACAAGCCUUUCUGUAAAGAUUCAUAUGUGUUGCCUAAUCCAAAAUUAAGCUUGAUGACAUUAUCUCUGACUAAAAGCUCUCUCAGCCAUAAAGGACAUUUUUCAAGCCUUCUGUAUAGAAAGGAAGCCAACAGUUACCACCUGACUUGUAUUGGCUGACUGGUUUUGGACCAGUUAACUUGGAGCUUAGAGUCAGUUUGGCAACGUGGAUGAAUAUGUUCUGAUAAAGCCUCGGCUGACACACUCAUGUAAUUACUUAAGUUGUGUCAAUAGAGCAACGACAAUGUAAUCAAAAGGCAUUGCUUGAAUUGGCCUGCUCAGAUUGUGUACUGCUUGAUGAUGUUGAGAGCCGGAUCCCUGCAGAGAAAGUUUCCAUUGCGUUCUGGCAGACAAGCUGUGCCCCACAGCCCUGAGCCCUCUGCCAUCUGUUCCCGUAAAACUGACAUUGCCAGAGAAGCAAAAACACAACAUUUAUUUGGCCAGUCAGCUUGUGGCUGUUAGGAUGUGGAAGUAAGUUACCAAUUAUGAUUGGAAAAAACAAGCAGAAUCUUGGAUCUGAAGCUUUCCUCGUUCCGAAACCAGCACCUGUUUGUGGAGUGUCCUGGAAGACUCACCUUAGAGGACUGGAUGUUCUCCAGAGAGAAAGAGAGGAGAACAUGAGAACAGCAGGGCAGGCAGACACUGCAACGUCUGAGAGAUGGUGAGAGUGUCAGGAAGAGGACAGAAUCUAUUUUUUCCCUUUCACUGCUCAGAAAAUGAACAUGUCAGCAAGGGUCACGUUUGGAAAAGGGCGCCUCACUUCCAAACAGCUCUUCUUCGCCUUCCCUCAGACAGAUUCCCUGAGGAAAGGCAGCCGGUCUGCAGGAGGAAAGAGAAGGAUGUUCUCCUUUUCUCUCAGAUGUCGACUGGGUGUCAUCAGAGGAAGGACAAAAGGUAAAAUCUGACAUUUAAUAUUUAACAAGAUACCCAAGACUUCUAUGGAGUAUCCAGAAUUUAUCUUGUAAUCCCAACAAAAUACUUACGCAAGUUUACCUCUGUAUAUAACCUUCAACACUCUUUAAUUCAUGUACAUUAUGCUGCAGGCCUGUCAAACAUAAAUGUGUGAGCAUGCUUGAGACCUGUGAAACUGAACAUUCGCUUGAAGAAAAUCUUGGAUGAUGAUUCUUAGAGGUGAACAGGAACGCAGGCGUGUGAUGUGUGGGACACGCGUUUCCUCUGGCUCCUUUUCUUCACACUGAUAUGUGCUGGCUGACAAGUGAUUUAGUCAUUUCGCUCCUCACACUUUCACUUGCAGCUGAAGCUGAUAACCAUAAGAUGGCAGUGUGGUCAGUUUGAUCGAUGUUGAGGUUAAGCUCCACGGCCUCCUGUCUGGAAUAUGGUCGUGUGAAGUAAAUGUAGGCACUUUCGUGAGGGUUUCUCUACGUAAAUGGAGAUGGAUCAGCAUCGAACAGCGAAACCAGUCACACACCAAUGUCUGUUGAGAUCACGAAAUAUUUUACACCAGUUUCUUUUCUCUUUUUCAAAUAUUGAAUAUCACACAUCUUUGUUUUUAUGCCAAGGUCACAACAACAAAAAAAAGGGCACUCUUAUACUAAUCAAUACCUUGUCAGUAAUGCUACAGCAAUUAUGUUGAUUUAUCGUCUAGAGCAAAUGUAAAAGAGUCCAUUUUUAUAACAUUGCCAGUCGGUUCCCAGAGGUUUUUAUCAGUCCAACAGACUGCUCCAUCUCCCAAUUCUCUUUAUUCUGGUGGAAAUUAAUUAGUCUCGCUCUGAAAGACUACACUCGCUCACACUGUAAAUGGGGUAUUAAGGACAAAAGUCUCAGAGGAAAUCAUCUACACCAAAGAGUAUUGUGUCCACUGGAACAGCUGACUAAUUAGGCUCCACGCAACAGCGGAUAGAAACAUGGAAAUGUUUGUUUGUAAUCACUUUACACAUGUGGGCAAAAGGCCUCUUUGGAACAAAGGGUCUAAUGUUUUUUAUGAGCUUCUGAAUUUUAUGUAUUUUGGUUUUAUCCCUUUUUUUAAAUCUGCCUCUAAAGUGAUGACAAAAACAAUCUACACUGAACCAAAAACAGAGGCUGAUGAGGUUUCGAGGAGCUGCCAGUGAUGCUGAAGGAGGGGUUUGUUUUGAUAGUGGUUGCAGCGCGGGUCAGGAAGUGGCAGGCGUGAGGCUUUUGUGCGUGACAAAUGCCCAGACAGGUGCAGUGAUGGGCCCUCCGUGUUUGGGUGGAGGGCCCCUGAAGGAUUAGCAAAGGGUCCUUUAACCCCUCAGAGGGUGAAACAUGAGAUGUCAGGCCUCAGAGGAAACACAUUUCACAGUUUCAUUAAGCUGCUCAGAUUUAACGUGUUCCUAUUUUACUGCCGUUUGAAUAUAUUUCACUUAUUAUCACGAUUGCAGUUUGAAUGUCGACUGUGCUUGACGACUGCAUAAUAUUUAGAAGCAGCAACAACUGCAAGAUGUACAGGCAGCUGUUCUUCACAGGAAUUUAACAUAUGCUUCCUCCAAUAUGCUGCGAGAAAAAGAGAGAAGAUAAGAGCACUGUGUAGACACAAGCUCUGUAAAACGGUUUUGUCUCCAUGUGAGAAAAACGUGACACUGUCUGACAAUGAAUGUGCAGGUGGUGUUAAUUGUUCCGAGAGUUGAGUGUGUGGGGUGUGCGCAGUUUUGUCGUGUCUAAUCUGAACGUGUGUACUCUAUGUGUGUGCUGAGGAUGUGUUUGACUUGGUGGGAAGUGGAUAAAGAGUCUGUAUGUGUGUGUGGGGGUUGGCAAAGGGGAGGGAGUGACUAUCGUGUGUGCCUGCUUCACUGAACCCCUCUGGCAGAGAGGGAGACAGAGAGGGGAGAGCAAACGCUGUAGCUCUGUAUGAGAGGGCUGUGUGUGAGCUCAUGUGAGUGUAUGAAGAGGGCAUGAUAAAUCCUCUGGAAAAAAGACGAGCGAUUAGUAAGAAUAGCGCAAAAAAACGGGACAACAGCGAAAUGGCAAGAAAAGGACACGAACCAUUUCUCUCCCUGCUUUGGAUUUUAUAGAAGGAGCACAGCUUGGCAGAUAGUAGUUUUAGAUGUAUGUGAGCAUUGAGAAUAAUCAUUUAGGAAGGUAGUGAGGAUCAAAAUUUGCCCUUUGGAGCUCCAGACCUUCCUGGAUAGUGUCAAAAUUUAAGGACAUGCUGGAGUUGAUGCACAGGAAUGAAGGAAGAAAGAUGUUUUUUCUAAGCAGCUGAGAUCUGGUCUCUUGGGUCGCCUAUUUUCACCACAGCUCUCUGCCCACUACUAAAGAUCAGCAAGGUUACUUCCAGAGGGUGGCUCCGCUGAUUUAACUCCAGCCAUGCUCUGUGGUCUGAGGAGAGACACCAAGAACAGCAUUGAUGAAGGACCAUACUCAAAGGGAAGCAAAGAGUCCGGGGCAACUGACCAAUCACAUUCGUCUCGGAGGCGCAGCCUUUCAGCAGAAGAGUAUCGAGGAGUGACCACCGUGGAUCUGAUGAAAAGGGAAGGCAGCAGCCUUGGCCUCACCAUCUCCGGAGGGUCUGAUAAGGAUGGCAAGCCCAGAGUGUCAAACCUACGGCCAGGUGGGCUAGCUGCCAGGAGUGACCAGCUGAAUGUAGGAGACUACAUCAAGUCAGUGAAUGGCAUCAAUCUGUCAAAGCUUCGUCACGAUGAGAUUAUCAGCCUGCUGAAGAACAUUGGGGAGCGAGUUGUGCUGGAAGUGGAGUAUGAACUGCCUCCAUUUGUCCAGAACCCCUCAGGAGUCAUAACCAAAAGCAUCGAGGUGUGUUUACACAAGGAGGGCAACAGUUUUGGUUUUGUCAUGAGAGGAGGCUUCCAUGAAGACUGGCGCAGAUCUCGUCCUCUGGUGGUGACCAGCGUCAGGCCUGGAGGUCCGGCUGAUAGAGAGGGCACUAUUAAGGCUGGAGACCGAGUAUUGAGCAUAGAUGGGAUGCCUCUGAGCCGGGAGAGGCAUGCUGACGCUUUGACCAUGUUAAUGCAGAGCGGCCAGGAAGCUCUGUUCCUGAUUGAGUAUGACGUCUCUGUCAUGGAGGCAGUGCAGCAAGCCUCAGGCCCUCUGCUGGUGGAGAUAGUGAAAGGCCCCUCUGCCAGCCUGGGGAUCAGCCUCGCCACGGCAGUCUACAGGAACAAACAAGUUAUUAUUAUCGACAAGAUAAAAGCAGCCAGUGUGGUGGAAAGGUGUGGAGCGCUGCAUGUAAGUGACAUCCUCCUGUCCAUAGACGGGACCAGCACAGAGCACUGCUCUCUGAUGGAAGCAGCACAGCUCCUCGCCAGCACUUCUGACAUUGUCAAACUGGAGAUUCUUCCAGCAAGCCAGAGCAGACUUCCCAUCAGGCCGUAUGACACAGUAAAAGUGCAGAAAAGCAACCAUCAUCACUGGGACCAAAGCGGCAACUACUGCCAUCCCCCACAUGCCAGCCACAGCAAGACAUGGAGCAGCCCAAGCCACCCACACAACCAGCAGGACCACUGCAAAUCUCUGGUGAGUGGUGGCUUCUCCCCUUCCUCCACAGCCACCUCAGGCUUCAGCAGCCAGGGUAGCAACACGCUACCCUGCCCCAUCCUUCCCAUCACUCCCACCAGCCCUCGGAGCUCCACCGGCAAGAGGAGGAACAGAAAGAAGGACCACAAGAGCUCAUUAUCUUUGGCAUCGAGCUCUGUCGGCCCGGGGGGACAGGUUUUUCAUGUGGAAACGAGCGAGGUCAUCCUGAGGGGGGAUCCACUCACAGGUUUUGGGAUCCAGCUGCAGGGAGGUGUCUUUGCCACAGAAACCCUAUCCGCUCCCCCGGUCAUCCGCUUUAUUGAGCCCGACAGCCCAGCUGAGAGGUGUGGGCUGCUGCAGGUUGGCGACAGAUUGUUGUUCAUUAAUGGGAUCCCAACUGAAGAUGGCACUUUGGAGGAAGCUCAUCAGCUGCUCAGAGACUCUGCUCUGGCUAACAAGGUCACACUGGAGAUCGAGUUCGAUGUUGCAGAGUCGGUGGUUCCCAGCAGCGGCACUUUCCAUGUUAAACUCCCCAAACGGCGAGGGAUGGAGCUGGGCAUCACCAUCAGUGCGAGUAAAAAACCUGGCAAGCCCCUCAUCAUCUCUGACAUCAGAAAAGGAAGCAUUGCGCACAGAACAGGCACUCUGGAGCCCGGAGACCGGCUGCUGGCCAUCGACUCGGUGCGUCUGGAGAACUGCACAAUGGAAGACGCGAUGCAUGUCUUGGAACAAGCAGAAGAUAUGGUCAAACUCCGAAUCCAGAAAGAUGAGGACAACAUUGAUGAGUUGGAAAUGUCAGGCUCCAUAAUCUACACAGUGGAGUUGAAGAGAUAUAACGGACCACUGGGCAUCACUAUUUCUGGCACAGAGGAGCCCUUUGAUCCCAUCGUCAUUUCUGGCCUCACCAAGAAAGGCCUGGCUGAGAGGACUGGAGCCAUCCAUAUAGGGGACAGAGUCCUAGCCAUCAAUGGUGUCAGCCUGAAAGGAAAGCCACUGAGUGAGGCCAUUCAUCUCCUGCAGAUGGCCGGGGAGUCAGUCACCCUCAAGAUCAAGAAACAAGCUGAUCAGUCUGACGGCCGGCGGCCUUUAGAAAGAGAAGCUGCGUUUUUGAGCGACACAGAGGAUGAUCUGACAGACUCCCAGAAGACCAGUAAACACUCAGAGCUCUACUCUGCCACUAUACCCAGUAUAGACUCUGCCAUGAGCUCCUGGGAUAGCUCGGGGUUUGAUGCAGGCUACAGUAGCCAAGGGACAUAUCUUCACAAAGGAUCCGAUAUACUGCUCAACCCAAAUGAGUGGAGGCGCACAAAGCACAGGAGCCAAACCACUUCCAGUUCUGCAGGCCUAGUCCACCACACCUCAUUGUAUGAUGGGAGAUUCACAGAGGAUGAGUGGGACAAGAUACCUGGAUUUGUCAGCCCCCCUCGUUGCCAUGGCACCCUGAACCAGGAAGACAGCUUCUGGUCCCAGGCUCUGCAGGACCUCGAGACCUGCGGCCAGUCAGAGAUUCUCAGGGAGCUGGAGGCAUCCAUGACGGGUAGCGCUCUUAGUCUGUACCUAGAUGAGACCAAAACAAAUGAAGACUCAGUGUUUCCCUCUGAAAUAAGUCCAAUCAAGAGGGAAGGAAGCCAUGGAGAAACUAUAAACAAAAGCAAACUGAACAUGUCAACUGGAGCCGGAGAUGUUUCAUCCAGGGUCAAAGGCGACAACUCUGAAAAUUUGCUCCCUACAGCUCUGGCACUGCACAAGGUGACUAUAAGAAAGGAUCGCGAAAGCUGUGACUUUGGUUUCAGUGUGUCAGACGGGCUGCUGGAAAAGGGUGUCUACGUGAAUAUGAUCCGGCCUGAUGGCCCAGCUGACCAAGCAGGGUUGAAACCUUUUGACCGCAUUCUUCAGGUGAACCGUGUAAGGACCAGGGACUUGGACUGUUGUCUAACUGUGCCCUUAAUUAUGGAGGCCGGAGACAGCCUGGAAUUGGUCAUUAGCAGGAAUCCACUGGCAGCAGCAGACGCAGAGCUGCCAAACGACUGUGACGACCCCUCAAACUCACUGUUCUGCUUCCCCAACCACGGGAACAACAUAGUUGCCCUCUGACCACAAAGAGAGAUUCUAACUCUGCAGUGUAGGGGACCUCUCUUAAACACACACAUCACGUGGUUAAACCCGUCACAUUGUACCUCUCAGACACACCUUCACACUCAUUUUCAGCACUCAGUGCGCAUCCACAGAUUCGACCACUUUCUUCCCCUGAAAGCAUCGCUCUCUGUCUCACAAAGUCACAAGUGCAUGUGUUCACAAUUGCCAGUUUUAGUCACUGUGUUCACAUGAUGCAGUUCAGGGGAGGCUCUGGCUUAAGGGCAGACUCCCCCACCCAUUCCACCUCCACAGGCAAAGCCACAUGCAGGCUUAUAUAACAGGGGAGUCAUAGUGUCUGACGGAGCCAGGAUGUCAAAUACACAAGCCUCGGUUCUAGAGAGGCUCGAAUGCUCAUUGCAUUCACUGCACAAGUUACCGUUUUCUUUAAUAGGUUUUCUCAUUCAAGGACCAAAAACCUAGCUCUGUAUUUCAUUUACACAUUUGCAAAUAGAAGCCCCAAAUGCAGUAUUUCAUGUGCAUGUAAAACAGUCAUACAGAGACACAAAGGUGCGAGUAGGCUCGAGAUUCAAGGAAUGUUGCACCUAUUUGAGUUAUUUCACCCAUGACUUGGCUCACUGCCCUCGUUUCCAGUCUCUACUCCACACUGCCUGCCCUAGAGAUGGGACAGUGCCUCCAAAUAGACAAAUGCUGUCUGAUACUUGUGAGUAUCAUUAGCCACAUUUUAAAUUCCCUUAUGUUAAUGUCACAAAUUCAUAGAAAGGCACUUAAUUCUUAGUUUUUAGUAAUUUCAUUGCUUCUGAAUCACCCUAGAUAUCAUGCUUUAUUUUUGUUUUGUUUUUCCUGUUGACAGAUUUUCAGUUUCACAACAUUUGCAUUUUUCUUUUUUAUUUGUGGCACCACAUUUGCACCAUUCCACUUUUAAGAGUUCCUAUGUUCACAUUUUUCACAUUACUGUAUGACUUUGCAUGUGGCAUUGCACCAGAAUGACUUGGGCACUGAUGCUUCCUCAAGUGAAUUACACCUUUUCCAAAAAGGAGGAUGAAAAGUGUUUCAUUCAUCUCACACAGCUGGCUAUCAGGUUAUUUUUCUCUGAAGUUCCUACCAAUAUGUGUAAGCAUGUUAAGCAUGCAUAUGACUUGUUCGGUGAGUAAGUCACUCCAUAAUACGUAUUGGAGUGUUAUCAGUUUCCUUCAGCAGGAUCAUGAGCGCUUAUCAACAUGACACUGUUUUUAUAAAAGCCUCUGAAGGAAAUGUGACCUGCUGAUUAAGCAGACUGCCUGGAAACAAGCAUUUGUUUCAUUGGGUGUGUUUGGCUCAUGUGAACGUGUUUUGAGUUGGUCUGUAGGUUUCUCAUAACGGGAAAUUGCAUCAGAGUCAUCUGUGAGGCUGUAACCUCUUAAUUUAAAUUAAAUGUCAUAUUUUUACAGUGGCCUGUUUUUAAGGUUUUACAGUAAUUUAUGCGUUGCCCCUUUUAUUAUAGCGUAAAAUGUCAUGUAUGCAGUGCUUUAUUUUUAUUGACAUGCACAUCGCAUGGUGUCUUGAUGUAAGCUGUGAUGCUGAAUGUGAUUUUUUUUUUUUAAUUUUUUUUUUUUUUUUUUAUAAAACAUCUACAUCCUCCCCAAAUAUGUCAGGUAUCAUUUCACAAGAACUUGAAAAAUGUAUUGGAUAUUUUAUUUUUGUUUAAUUUAUUAAGUAAGAAAUGUAUUUCUUUUUAUGACAAUAAAGUUAUGAGAUUACAGUUGA